AUGAAUGAAAAGGUUGUCGGCCGAGGAGAAGCACCCCUGAGCACCUCCCUGAGCACCUCCCUGAGCACCUCCCUGGGCACCUCCCUGAGCACCUCCCUGAGCACCUCCCUGAGCACCUCCCUGAGCACCUCCCUGGGCACCUCCCUGAGCACCUCCCUGAGCACCUCCCUGAGCACCUCCCUGAGCACCUCCCUGGGCACCUCCCUGAGCACCUCCCUGAGCACCUCCCUGAGCACCUCCCUGGGCACCUCCCUGAGCACCUCCCUGAGCACCUCCCUGGGCACCUCCCUGAGCACCUCCCUAGGCACCUCCCUGAGCACCUCCCUGAGCACCUCCCUGAGCACCUCCCUGGGCACCUCCCUGAGCACCUCCCUGGGCACCUCCCUGGGCACCUCCCUGAGCACCUCCCUGAGCACCUCCCUGAGUAGCAUGCUCACCACCGCCCGAGCCCCGAACGACAUCCAGCAGCUGCGGCUCAAACACCCCGACGCCGUCAAGGACCCGGCACCUGGCCUCAGAGCGCGGUCUCACCUGGUGCCGAGGCUGUCUCACCUGGUGCUGGGGCUGUCUCACCUGGUGCCGGGUCUGUCUCACCUGGUGCUGAGGCUGUCUCACCUGGUGCUGGGGCUGUCUCACCUGGUGCCGGGUCUGUCUCACCUGGUGCUGGGGCUGUCUCACCUGGUGCCCGGUCUGUCUCACCUGGUGCCGGGUCUGUCUCACCUGGUGGUGGGUCUGUCUCACCUGGUGCUGAGGCUGUCUCACCUGGUGCCGGGUCUGUCUCACCUGGUGCCCGGUCUGUCUCACCUGGUGCCCGGUCUGUCUCACCUGGUGCUGGGGCUGUCUCACCUGGUGCCGGGUCUGUCUCACCUGGUGCUGAGGCUGUCUCACCUGGUGCUGGGGCUGUCUCACCUGGUGCCCGGUCUGUCUCACCUGGUGCCGGGUCUGUCUCACCUGGUGGUGGGUCUGUCUCACCUGGUGCUGAGGCUGUCUCACCUGGUGCCGGGUCUGUCUCACCUGGUGCUGAGGCUGUCUCACCUGGUGCCCGGUCUGUCUCACCUGGUGCCCGGUCUGUCUCACCUGGUGCCCGGUCUGUCUCACCUGGUGCUGGGGCUGUCUCACCUGGUGCCGGGUCUGUCUCACCUGGUGCUGAGGCUGUCUCACCUGGUGCCCGGUCUGUCUCACCUGGUGCCGGGUCUGUCUCACCUGGUGCUGAGGCUGUCUCACCUGGUGCCCGGUCUGUCUCACCUGGUGCCGGGUCUGUCUCACCUGGUGCUGGGUCAGUCAUCUCUGCACCUGUGGCACAAACAGCCCCAUGUCAUCUGUCUAUCCACAUCUGAUUGUAUUUUAAAGUUUUACGCAUAA